GAGACAGUGUCAUGGCGGAGCCGGCGGCGCAGACCUUCUCCCAAGCCCGCCUUCUACAGACCCAGGCCGGUGUCGCCGGCGGGUCGGGUCCCGGGAAUGUGGACCCGGCCAGGCCGGGACUGAGCCAGCAGCAGCGGGCCAGCCAGAAGAAAGCGCAGGUCCGCGGCUUCCCCCGGGCCAAGAAGCUGGAGAAACUGGGAGUGUUUUCAGCGUGUAAGGCCGGCGACUCUUGCAAGUGCAACGGCUGGAAGAACCCAAAUCCCCCCUCCGGCACCCGCGUCGACCUCCCGCAGCAGGACGCCAACCUGAGCGAACUCUGCCGCAGCUGUGGACACACCCUCGCGCAACAUGUCUCCCACCUGGAGAACGUCUCGGAGGAGGAGAUCAACCGUCUGCUCGGCAUGGUGGUGGAUGUGGAGAAUCUCUUCAUGUCUGUUCACAAGGAGGAGGACACAGACACCAAGCAAGUGUACUUCUACCUCUUUAAGCUUCUGAGGAAGUGCAUCCUGCAGAUGAGCUGGCCUGUAGUGGAGGGGUCCCUGGGCAGCCCACCUUUUGAGAAGCCUAACAUUGAGCAGGGAGUACUGAACUUUGUGCAGUACAAGUUCAGCCACCUGCCGCCCAGAGAGAGGCAGACCAUGUUUGAGCUGUCCAAGAUGUUCCUCCUGUGCCUCAACUACUGGAAGCUGGAGACACCGCGUCAGUUUCGCCAGCGCUGUCAGAAAGAAGACACCACGGCCUACAAAGUGAACUAUACCAGGUGGCUGUGCUACUGUCACAUCCCGCAGUGCAACGACAGCCUGCCGCGCUUCGACACCACGCAGGUGUUUGGCCGCAGCCUGCUCAAGUCCAUUUUUACUGUGACGCGCCGGCAGCUGCUCGAGAAGUUCCGCACAGAGAAGGACAAGCUGCUCCCGGAGAAACGGACCCUCAUCCUCACACACUUUCCCAAAUUCCUCUCCAUGCUUGAGGAGGAGAUCUACGGCGAGAGCUCACCCAUCUGGGAGGUGGACUUCACCAUACCUGUAUCAGAGGGAGCACAGAUUGGCAACCAGAAAGCAGUUGUCGGCUCAGCUUCUCUGUCGGCCACCCCCUCCUUCCCCAAAAACAUUGGCAACAACUCCUCCUCAAGCAGCCUGGAUAUCAUGGGGUCAGAGCCCAUGUCAGGUGAAAAGAGGAAGCUCCCAGAAGCACUGACCCUGGAAGAUGCCAAGAAGAUUCGUGUGAUGGGCGACAUCCCAAUGGAACUGGUGAAUGAGGUCAUGAUGACCAUUACUGACCCGGCCGCCAUGCUGGGCCCUGAGACAAGUUUGUUGUCUGCGAAUGUGGCACGAGAUGAGACGGCCAGGUUGGAGGAGAGGCGGGGCAUCAUCGAGUUCCACGUCAUCGGGAACUCGCUGUCACAGAAGUCCACCAAGAAGAUCCUCAUGUGGUUGGUGGGCCUGCAGAAUGUCUUUUCCCACCAGCUGCCUCGUAUGCCCAAAGAGUACAUCGCCAGGCUGGUGUUUGACCCGAAACACAAGACACUAGCUCUGAUCAAGGAUGGGCGUGUCAUCGGUGGAGUCUGCUUCAGGAUGUUUCCUACUCAGGGGUUCACGGAAAUCGUCUUCUGUGCCGUCACGUCCAAUGAACAAGUGAAGGGUUACGGUACCCACCUGAUGAAUCACUUGAAGGAGUACCACAUCAAGCACGGCAUCCUCUGUUUCCUCACUUACGCUGACGAGUACGCCAUUGGUUAUUUCAAGAAGCAGGGCUUUUCCAAAGACAUCAAAGUGCCAAAGAGCCGUUACCUGGGCUACAUCAAGGACUACGAAGGUGCCACGCUUAUGGAGUGUGAGCUCAAUCCCAGAAUCCCCUACACAGAGCUCUCUCUCAUCAUCAAGAAGCAGAAAGAGAUUGUAAAGAAGCUGAUCGACAGGAAGCAGAAUCAAAUUCGCAAGGUUUACCCCGGCCUGACGUGCUUCAAAGAAGGCGUUCGGCAGAUUCCCGUCGAGAGCAUUCCUGGCAUCCGAGAAGCUGGAUGGAAGCCCAGUGCAAAGGACAAAUGUAGCAAGGAGUUAAAAGACCCGGACAUGUUGCAUAACAUGCUGAAAAACCUGCUUGCGCAGAUUAAGACACACCCAGAUGCCUGGCCCUUCAUGGAGCCCGUGAAGAAAGCAGAAGCUCCAGACUACUAUGAAAUAAUUCGCUUUCCCAUCGACCUGAAGACCAUGACGGAGCGUCUGAAGAACCGCUACUACAUCACCAAGAAACUGUUCAUCGCAGACCUGCAGCGCAUCAUCACCAACUGCCGCGAGUACAACCCCCCGGACAGCGAGUACUGCAAGUGCGCCAACACGCUCGAGAAGUUCUUCUACUUCAAGCUGAAGGAGAGCGGCCUCAUCGACAAAUGAGGAGCUUGUGCAGGAACGGCGCAAGUCGUAUGAGUUGGGAUCACAGACCUUGUCAGCUGGGAGGAAAGGAGCCAAAAUACGAGGAUAUAUUUCAACGUGUCGCUGAAAGUGGCAAAAUGUGUGCGUCUUUAGAUGGUUUCCGUCAUCUAGUCUGUACUGUUGCUCUGCUGCCUUUUGAAAAGGGCGCAGUAUUAAUGGUGGACAGUUACUCUGCUCGCACCAGUUGAGUUGUUGCGGCUGGAUUCUUACGUUUACUUUGCAACAAGAGCUCUCGUCUGCCCUGCGUGAGUCACCAGCGUUCAUCAGCAGGUCUGUCCACAGUGUGUGAGGAAGGCAAGUCGGAACCACUCAGGUUUACAGGUGCGGGGGAGCUUACAGCAUUACUCUCUAAACAGUAUGUUAAUUACCACGGUUUCCUGUUUAGGGUACGUAUGAACAGCUGUGUGAAGCUGAGAACACUUGGACCGGAGUGCGGUUGAGCAAAUCACUGCAUUAUUACAGCGUUUUCCACAGUCUGCUGCCGUCACUGCUGUGCCAACUGAAAAGUCCUCGCAGGUUUACACUCCUGGGAGCUCAGCUUUCGCUCUCACUGUGGAAAGUGUUGUUUGUGAAAAAUACUUGAACGCAUUCACAGCAUCUACCGUGUUCAUCACACGAGUUAGACGGGAGCAGUCUGAGCGAUGAUACACAUCCGUGUUUGAGUUUCUAUACUGCCAGCUACACGUGUGUCACCGCAUUCAUUAGUGAGUGAACACGGGUACAGGGCGAACGCACCUACACAGAUGAAUGUGACCUCUGUGUUGGCGCCGAGUCGUUCAUCCGGCCACUAUGGGAUUUAAUUUUUCGGGAAAAAAUGCAUAUCAGUUAUUUCUUUUUUGUAGUAGUAUUGUUAUGGUGACAACACUCGUUGGGUAUUAAAUGGUAGCAGUAUGCUAUUUUCCCAUGUAUUGCUUACUUUGCUACCAGUAGCCUAUAAGGGUAGAGAAGGUUACGCACAGAAAAGCAGGUCGAGCCGUUGCUGACAUGAACUUUCCAACCCUGUUACGGUUCACAGGUCUCAAGGCCACCAGGCAUUACCUUGGCAACAUGAAACAAUCGUGGAGGGUCUUGCUUUUAAGUUUCUUGUGAAAAUCCACUCGUGAUUUCACUGUACAUUACUUUUUGGGGAGGUGUUUGUUUCUACCGAUGACUCUGAGAUCUGUCUUGAACUGUUGGGUGAGAUUGACGGUGAAGCACACGCUAACUGGAGGGGUUUGGUUUGGAGCGUUUAGCUCCCGUCAGGUGAUGCCUUCAGCACGGUGAGAGCAAGUCCACAUACAGGGGCCACCUGUGUUCCCGUGCCCAACGGUAGGGUGUCAUGAUGGCCGUGUCUCGUAGUCGAAGAGCACGUGUCCUCCUCGGGGAUGCAGCCUGUCCUUGAAGCACAGGGUGUGAGGCAGGUCCACCCUGGACCAGACACC